UUUAUUUUUACUAAGCAAAAAGUAUUAAUUUUUAAAAUUGAUAUUUUAUCUAAGAAACAUAAAAGUUUAACAAUAUUCACUUACUUUAAAAGUGACCCAAAAUUCAGUCAGUGAAUACCUUCCAUUGAAAAAUUGUACGUUUUCUAUUUUAAUUUUUAUAUCUUGUGUGUGAGGCUAUUUGAUAUUUAUAUUACUGGUUUUCCUUGCACAAAAGUUAUGAUUAAAAGUGACUAAAAUGUCUAAAAGAAGAAAAUUUAAUAGUGACAUUGGAGUGAAGUCUGAUAUACAUAAUGGGCAAGUAUUGGUCUUACCACCAGAACUCCUUCAAAAAUUAGGUAUUUCUUUAGGAAACAUAAUUCAUGAAAGUAAAAAUAUUGAAGAUCAAGACGGAUCAACACAAAGUAACUGUGAUAAUGGUACUUCUAUUGCAAUUAGUGCUUGUGAUGACAUGCAUGAUAAACCGAAAACAGAAGAAAACUGUACAUCUAUAAUGAAGAUUGCAAAUUUAAUGAAAGACUCUGUUUUGUUAAGCCCGUCAUUUUCAACAAACUUCAAUGUUAUUGAACCUGAUGUUAAAAACAUACAUAUGAAUAAGGCUGUAAAUAAUGAAACCAUAGAAAUGCAAGAUAUAGAACAAACUGCAGUAAUCUCUACCAUAGAAAGCAAUGUCAUAAAAGAAACCAUGUGUGAUAAACAUAUUGAAUCAAAUUCAUAUGAUAACAUAUUAAUUAAUACAAUUAGUAAUAAAGGAAUUUUAAAUAAUGUUAAUGAGGAUUAUGUAAAUGUAAAUGAAACUCUACCAAAAAUAAAAAACAAGAUUAAUGUUAUUUCAGAGAAAACUAACAUGUCUGAAGAAGUAAAGAAAAUGAAAUGUUUACAGACUGAUACUGGUGAUCUUCUACCAGAAUGUUUGAUAUACUCUGAUUCUAUAGAAGAAAUGCAAUUACUAGAAGAAAAAAUUGAAAAUAGUUUAAAACAUAUACUAUGCAGUGAUAAAUCUGGUUUAGAAAACAUAAAUAAAGAAGAUUGCUUGUUUGCUCGACCAAACUUUGAUGAAAGUAGUAAGGGAGUAGAAAAACCCGUUUCAUCAUCAAAAUUUGUGAAAAAAACUAAUGAAAUCAAACCUGAAGAGCCACUGACUUCUGACGUUCCAGAUGUUUUUACACAAAGUGGUGUCAGUAAUGAAACUAAGCAUGAUGAUCAAAAUGAGGCUUACAUACAUAAUCAAAUAUUAUCAAACACAUAUGAUAAUGAAAGAUUGCUAUUGGAAAAUCCUGAAAUUUGUACAGCUCCAAUAAAAACUUAUAAAAAGUCACCAAAUAUAAAUAAUAAAAUUAAUGUUCUAUCACAGAAAAUUAUUACACCAGAAGAAUUAAAUAAAAUAAAAGUAAUAAAAUCAGAAAAUAAUAAUUUUCGACCUGUUUCUGUUCAUGCGACUGUUUCAAUAAGUAAUAGUGCACAUAAUGAUUUGCAGCCAAUUUUAUCUAACUUGAUGUUGAAUAUUAAUAAAACUUCUGGUAAAAAAGAUACAGACAUUAUUCAAAGCAAUACAGAAAAUAGAAUUGAGGAACAAAACAUGGCAGUACAUCAUGAUAAUCAAAUAUCAAAGCCUGAAAUUUAUACACUAUUGUUAAAGAAGCAAUAUAAAACACAUAAUAAUAGCAAACUACAAAAACUACAUAAAAAAGUGAAUAUAUUAUCGGAACAACUAAAUGGGUUAGAAGAAUGUAAAAAAGCAAAAUAUACACAACCAGAAAAUAGUAACAUUCUACCAGUGUUUGCUAAUUCCACCAAUGUGACAGAAGUUAAUAAAGUUAUAAAUACAAUAAUUGAAAACGAAUUUCCUGCAAAUGGUUUAAAACAACCAUUGUCUGGUGAUGAUUUUGAAGAAGGAAAUAUAAACAUAGAAUAUGAAUUAUGUGCUCAACCAUAUUCAGUUGAUGGAGAUGCACAUAUACAUAAUAAUAUAAAUGCUGCUGAUGGCUUAAAAAAUGGAAUAGCAAUGGAUGAUGAAUAUUUUUUGCCAUCGAAAUCAGUACAGAUAGAUUCACCAAAAAAUGAUGUAUCUUUUCCACAUGAGUCUCUUGAUCUCGACCUUGAGUCAAAUAGAAAUGUACAUGUUAGUGAUAGUAAUGUUGAUUCUAAUGAAGACCUUCAAUGUAUAUCUAGAAACCCAGAUUCUGGAUCACCAGUUAAAAGUGCAAUUAGCAAGAAUGGAGCUGACAAGAGAAAAAAUAUUAUUCGUAAACCAAACAACAGCAAAAUACUGCAGUGUGAUCAAAAUGUAAAAGAUGAUAUUGAAGGUGGAGUCUCUCAAUCAAAGCUUAAAAAUAACAUAUCGCCAUCCCAUCUAUUAGAUAAUGCUGGGCAAAUUCUUCGGUACCCUAAUGAUAGUGUCAAUGUUUCCAAGAGUCCUUUAAAAAUUAAAAGGAAUUUAAUAAAAUCGAAAUCUCAUAUCCAAGGAGUUGAAAAACCUGGUGGAGAUUUUAAUGAUUCAUGCAGCAUAGUCACAAAUUACAAAAAUAUAAAAACAUAUUCUAAAGGUAUUGUAAAACCUAGACAUGUUAAUUCACUAAAACUAUAUAAUGCUGAAACUAUAUUUAAUUCAAGUGCAAACAUUGACAUAACUCAAAAUGGAAGUGAUGCCGUUCCUUUCUCAAAAUUUUGUUUAUGUUAUGAUUUUGGAAGUUAUAACUAUUAUUAUUCUGAAGAAUGUCCAAGUCACGUACAUUUUUUAAAUUCAAACAAUAUUGAAGUGAGUGCAGAUGUAUUGUUUAGUAUUUUCAAUGAAAUAGAAACUAUUAAUACAUUAAACACCCCAUAUGAAGAAACUGUAUAUUAUGAUGACCAGGAAAUCAUGAAUAAAACUACUAUUUGUUUUAAUGAAUUAUAUAGUGACAAUUAUAACUAUGAAAAUACAGCUGUAGAACAAAAGUCAUUAUGUUCUCCAGAUUUUUGUUGUCCAGAUGCAUCAUUAAAAACUUUAGAGAAAUCAGAUCCACCCAAAGUACUAGAAGAAUCAAUUAUUACAAUUUGCAGUGUUAACAAUGACAAUGAAAACACAGGAAAAUUGUUAAUUAAAGAAAAUUUUUGUGGAUCACAAAAACCUUUAAAAAAUAUAGAUAAUAUGUCAGUCUCACCCCAACAAACUAAACAUGCAGAUUUUAAACCACAUGAAAAACCUAAGAAGGAAAAGACAGAGGUGUGUGAACAAAAUCAUAUGCUUGGUGAAGCUGAUAUAAUAAUUGGUAUUGAUUCAACUAAUGUAACAUCAGAUGUUACUGAUUGUGAUGCUGUUAUAAAAGAUAGUGAUACUGUGAUGAAAGAUUGUGAUGCUUUAAUAAAAGAUAGUAAUACUAUGAUGAAAGAUCGUGAUGCUGUAAUAAAAGAUAGUAAUACUAUGAUGAAAGAUAGUGAUGCUGUUAUAAAUAAUGACGACUUUAACACUAGAAGGGCAAGAAAGCGGAAGCAAUCAAGAUAUUCAACUGAAUCAGAUGACAAACCGUUAGAAUUACUAAAAAUACGGAAUAUUGAAUCUAGAACAUCAGAUGAACUUAAUAAUACCAUACAAAAUAGUAAAUGUGGGGUUUGUCUUAAAGAUGUUUCGGAUUGGUUCGCUCAUAUUGGCGAAGAGCACAAUUACAUAGCAUGGCCAGAGGGCACACCUAAAAUCAAUCUCAAUGAUAUAAACGCGAUACGGAAGCAUUUGACCGAUAUAGCAAGGAAGAUUGGUGGACUGAAGUGUGUGAAAUGUGGCUGUGUUCGGAAAUAUGGGAAGGCGUAUUUGGAGCAUGUUAAUAGAUGUGAUGGAACUGGGAAUAUGUCAAUGAAUAAUACAAUAGAUAGCUCGUUUGAUACUAGUUUUUGCGGAAGCAAAUCUGUAGUUAUGUGUGGAGUUUGUAGCAUGGAAAUAAAUACAAGUUAUUGGAUGAAACAUAAUCAAGAAGAGCACAAUUGUAAGGCUUGGAUACGAGGAAAUACCCCACUGGAAAAAGUUUUGGAGCAUGAAACUCGAAAAAAGAAAAAAAGAAAAUCGGAUCAAUUGGUUCCAAAUGAUCUGCAAUGUGGUGUAUGUGACCGGACAGUUGAAGAAUCACAUUGGAUUAGCCAUAUUAAAAGUUGUCACAAAUAUCUUGCCUGGAAGAAAGGAGAAGAAGCAUUGGAUUUCUCCGAUGACAAAGUCGUUCAUAAACAUUUGUACAACAUUAGUAUUAUAGAAAAUGGACUUGAUUGUCACAAGUGCGGCAUCCGAAGGAAAUAUGUUAAAUCAUACCUAGACCAUGUGCAGAGGUGUGAAGUAGCGGAUAAUACUAAUAGUGAGGGUGAUUGGAGUGUAGAUGCGAGUUCAGUACAUGACCCAAUGAAUUUGAGUGUAAACGAUUCUACCAUACUAGAGGACAGCGUAGUACUAACAGACACUCGCACCACGGUUUGUGGCGUGUGCAGUCAAAGUGUGUCGAGGAAAGAGUGGUUUAAACAUAUAGAGAAAGAGCAUAGUUACAUGGCGUGGGAAGAAGGAGAGACACCGCUGGAUUUCAGCGACUCUGAUGUACAGUUCACCCAUUUAAGACAAAUAUUAAGGAAAGUCGAUGGUCUCAUUUGUGCCAAGUGCAACUGCCGCCGUCGAAAUGUGAAGUCGUUUUUAGAACAUAUAGAACACUGUAAAAUCGACACUACACUUGAGGAGCAGCAAUCAACGACAGAAGACAUUGAUAAUGAGUCGCAGAUUAUCGACAAUUCACCUGCCGAGUGUGGGGUGUGUGGAGAAAAAAUAUGUGCUGGGAAGUGGAUUAAGCAUAUAGAAAAUAAACAUAAUUAUAUUGCGUGGAGAUCAAGGGAGAUACCGCUGAAUAUGGAGGAUACUGAUGCCAUACAAGAACAUUUAUACACACUCAACAAGAAACUGGGCGGGUUGACUUGCGCGAAGUGUGGGUGUCGACGAAAAUACGUUAAAUUAUUUUUGGAGCAUAUUAAAAACUGUACCAACUCAGAGACUGAAACUACACUUGAGGAGCAGCAAUCAACGACAGAAGACAUUGAUAAUGAGUCGCAGAUUAUCGACAAUUCACCUGCCGAUUGUGGGGUGUGUGGAGAAAAAAUAUGUGCUGGGAUGUGGAUUAACCAUAUAGAAAAUAAACACAAUUAUAUUGCGCGGAGAGCAGGGGAGAUACCGCUGAAUAUGGAGGAUACUGAUGCCAUACAUGAACAUUUAUACACACUCAACAAGAAACUGGGCGGGUUGAUUUGCGCGAAGUGUGGGUGUCGACGAAAAUACGUUAAAUUAUUUUUGGAGCAUAUUAAAAACUGUACCAACACAGAGGAAAAAGAGGAAACCGGAACAAUCUCUUCACCUUCUGUUAUUGAAACUAUGAAAUGCGACACGCGGAUUGUCUGCGGUGUUUGCCAGAAAAAUGUCUCUCGAAAAUGUUGGCUUAGGCACAUAAAAAACGCGCAUAAUUAUUUGGCAUGGAUAGAAGGAGAAACACCUUUGGACAUCAAUGAUGAAAACGCGGUAUACAAUCAUUUGUCAGCAAUAAAUGAGAAAAUACCCAGUGGUCUUUUAUGUCAGAAAAGGUGUAAAACUCGGUAUAAAGAUGUGAAGGAGUAUUUACAUCACAAAUGUGAACUGAAUAUUAUAAAGGAAAAAAGUUUAACUCCCGUUGCCACGUCUCUCAUCGUUGAAGACGACGCUGAGGUUAUUUGUGGCGUUUGUCAGCACAACAUGCUUGGUAAAGAUUGGCUUAAACAUAUAGAGGAAGUUCAUGGUUAUAUGGCAUGGAUAGAAGGAGCAACACCAUUGGAUACCAAUGAUGUACAGACACUAUACAAACAUUUGUCAGCAAUAGUUAAGAGGUUGCCAAGGGGUCUGGUGUGUCCCAAGUGUAAUGAUCAACGUAAAUAUGUGAAGUCAUACAUGCAACAUAUAAAAAUUUGUAAUUUCGAUACGAUUGAUCUUAGGUCUUCUUUAACCAAUAACAAUUGCGACGCGCCUGUCUCGCGCACACAAUGCGGCACAAAAUUAUUAAAAUGUCGAGUUUGUCACAUGGAGGUGCCGAACAAAGACUGGUUUAUGCACAAGCAAGAUAUGCAUCAUUAUUUGGCGUGGACUGAAGACGAGUCUCCAAUUAAAGAAGAUGAUGCUGCCGCCAUUUACAGUUAUCUUUCUGAUAUUUCCAAGAAACAUUCUGGACUUUAUUGCUCAAAAUGUGAUGUCCGUCGUAAAUUCCCUAGGAAUUAUCUGGAUCAUAUAAAACGCUGCUCGAAUGUGAGUAUUGAAAUGAAUUUAAACAAUGUAUCGAAGGAGAUUUUGUUGGUUGAAGCGGAAGAUUCAUUGAUGGUAAUGUGCGGCGUAUGUGGAAAAGAGAUGGAGAAUUUUCAAUGGAUCACACAUAUUCAAGCAGAUCAUAGAUACUUAGCUUGGAAAGAUGGAGAUACACCGACGUCAAUGAUUCAAUGCAAGUUAGAUCACAUCUUGAGACAAUCCUUGAACAACAUGAACGAUUGCUUUGUCCCAAUUGCAAGGAAAUGAAACAUAAUGUUAACAGCUACCUGGAACAUGUGGAAAAUUGUCAAAUCGGCAAUGACGAUGGUGUACAAAAUCCACAAGAUAUUUUCGUGUGUGCUAUUUGCGGUGCUAAAGGAAUGCAGAAAGAUUGGAGAAGCCACGCCAUCAAUAGUCACUAUAAUGUUGCCUGGUAUGUGGGCGGCGAUCCUAUUGAUCUUAAAAGUCCACCUGAGGUGGAGAAGUAUCUGAAAGAGUAUAAAAUGUUGAAGAAUAAUACAUUGCGAUGUCUCAACUGUGGUACAACUAGAGCUUCUUCCCUCGGGUUUUUCGCUCAUGUUGUGUGUUGUGGGAAAACAGAAGAGGAGAUUGACAUGUACAAAUUUCCGUGCGACUUAUGCGACCAAAAGUAUUUGGGUGUGUACAAAUACCAACAUAUGGGGAUGCAUAAACAACAGAUGUUUGCGUUAUCCAAGAGGGAAAAGAUAGAAGAGAAGGUAUGUGAAGAACCAACGAAUGAAGGAAAACGACGGGCCGCUAAGAGGGCAAGCACCAUUAUUGAGAGCUUGACUACGGAGGAUUUGAAGAGUGAAGAAGAAGUGUACGACUCAGACACGUCCGUGGAACUUGGAGAACUUAGUGAGGAGGAAUCUGUCGAUACCGACGUUGACUCGGCCGUAUCUGACCAGGAGCAGAUCGAAAAUCAGAAAAAGGAUAAAAACAAAAGUCAGCAUGCGCAUACGAAAGUGAACAAUCAACGGAUACCUUUUGAAAUCAUUAAGCCACAUACAUAUAUUGAGCACGCUGCUAAAGAAUUUGAAGAUACGCAUUACACGUUGGACACACUAUUUCCACAAUGGCUGAAAUGUGAAUGCGAGGAAGUUUCAUUUGAUAACCUGAGCUUAUACAUGCCGCCAUUAAAAGAAUCUUGCAACAUAAUGCAAGAUAAAUGGACAAAGUUUAGCUUAUUUGAAGCAAGAAUGGCAAAGGGUAUCACUUUGUUUGUUGGUGCCAGCAUUAGGAGUGUCUGCUGGGUGCCGUCCCGCUCUGAUUCCAAUGAAUCAAACCAUUACCUGGUUGUGAAUUGUCACAGAACGAUCGACGUGCCCCGGAUCGACGCCGAUCAAAUCUGUGCUCAUCCCAGCAUGAUACAGAUUUGGAAUUUCAAAAGAAUGCACGAGAAACCAGAGUUUGUAUUUGGGUUAGCACAUGACUAUGGCACCGUGUGGCGGAUGGACUGGUGUCCGUCGGGUGCACGGGAACAGUUUCCGGAAAAUAACGAAAUUGGAUUUAAACGACUCGGUUUAUUAGCCGUCGCCUGUUCAAAUGGGUCAGCGUAUAUUUUCUCUGUGCCAUAUCCUUGCACUGUGGUGAAUAAUAUUAAUAAAGUUUACAAACUAAAGCCGGUAGCAGAAUUACGUUUGAAUAGAGGUACAGUUCAAAGGAGUCAGGCGACUGCCAUCAAUUGGUCCCAUGGAAAGGGUCACACCAAUUUAAUGGUCGGGUAUUCGAAUGGGAUGACAGCGUUUUACAAUCUAGAAGAUGAUUCACCACUACUCAAGUUUUCAGAGAACGGUGUCGACGUGUACUAUCCUUAUUAUGACAGUAUGGCUCACAACUCUUGUGUAACAGAUGUGUGUACUUUUCCGGGUCGAGUGGACGGCGUGAAUGGUUGUGAGCUGGGCAGUGUGUGUAGUGCGUCGCCGACCGGCGUGUGUGCGAGGCUGUCACGGGGCGGGGCCAAGGGCGGAGCCCUAGCGCGCGGCGUUACCGUGACGGCGGCUGAGCUGACCUACUCGCCGCUGUGGCCCGCGCCGCUGUUGGCCGGCCUGAGCGACCUGGUUCACCAGGCUGUGAACGAGGUGGACUGGUGGGGCAACGGACGCAGGCUCGGCCCCAUCAACACGCUGGCGACCUGCUCCCGCUGCUGCAGCGUGGCAGCCGUCACCUUCACCACCAUCAAGACGCUGGCUGUUCAUCCGGCGUUCAACGAUAAGACUCCUAUUCAAACCAUUGCAAGGAUAGAAGCCAAACCUCUACGGAACGAAGUUCGAAGUAAAAACGUUAGACCGGAGCUGUACAGUUACGAACAUUUCAUAGAAAACCACGGCGUUGAGUUCAGACCGGUAUCAAAAAUACCGAAGUCCGAGCUGUAUAAGCCCCCGAACAGAAGUACCCUCGGCCCGGAGUUGUUCCCUCUGUGUGACGUCACCUCGAUGUCCUACUGCCCCUCCUCCAAGCACCACAACAAGCUGGCCGUCGCUAUUCACGCCGGUUUCGUUUUCAUCAUCAACGCAUGAUGUUUUCUUACCAGGUUAAAAGGUUGAUUUAAUAGUUUUGUAACAUUAUUUAAGUUUCUACUCGAACCUGCCCCACCGAUGGGAGGCUCCUUUGCACAAAAUGCCAGAUAGAUUAUGGGUACCACAAGAGCGCCUAUUUCUGCCGUGAAGCAGUAAUGUGUAAGCAUUACUGUGUUUCGGUCUGAAGUGCGCCGUAGCUAGUGAAAUUACUGGGCAAAUGAGACUUAACGUCUUAUGUCUCAAGGUGACGAGCGCAGUUGUAGUGCCGCUCAGAAUUUUUAGGCUUUUUCAAGAAUCCUGAGCGGCACUGCAUUGUAAUGGGCAGGGCGUAUCAAUAACAAUUAGCUGAACGUCCUGCUCGUCUCGUCCCUUAUUUUCAUUAAAAAUAAACCGAGCUAGACGCCCCUGGCGCUGUUACCCAACGGGUUUAAUUAAGCCUACCGUCCUUAUGACGAAUGAUUUAUAAAUCUUGGUAUGUUGUUCAAUCUCCAAUUGUCCGUAUCGUCCAUUAACUUUUGUAACAAAUAUCUAGUAAUUUGGCAUUCAAUAAGCUGUUAAAUAGUGAAUAUCUCACACGGUUUAUGGUAACUUUCACCAUACAUUAAAGGGCUAAGAUUUGUUCGUUCGUUGUUAGCUCCUACUGUCGGGAAUAUGUCGACGUACAAAUAACUCUGUAAUUUAAUAAGUGUCCCUAGACAGCACUGUUUUAUUUUAUUGUUUCCCAUUCUUUUUAUUACCUUUAAACAUCCUUUAUAUAAUAUUGUGGUUGACAUUGUUAUACGAAAAUCAUAAUCUAUCAGGCUGUCUCAACAUAAAUUUACGGCCGUUUUCAAUAACCUUAGUUUAACUUACGGAUACAUUGCUGUCACCGUUUAAUGACAAGAUCUUAUCUAUCCAUAGUUAUGUCCAAUAUAGUUAUAGUCUAAUGCUAUCUGUCAAUAGGUUAUUGAUAUAUAAGUAAGCGUAAGAGGAUAGAUUUGUCUACCUCUAGUGAGUUAAACUAAGGAUAGAUAGGUUAUUGAAAACGAGCUAAGAAGCUGUCAGAAAAAGCCGCAUAAGUGUAAUUUCGUUAAGACCUGACAAGUGUGGUGGGUUACGUCACAAAUUAUAUUGUUAUGAGCAAACGAUAAUUUCGGGUGGGCUAUCUGCUCGUGUAUUGAAUUAUUUCGAUGAAAAUGCGUGAGUAUGUAUGCACUUUGAAGGAUAAUGAGCGCUGUAUUUAUCAAAUGUAACUGAAACAUAUGUAUAAACAAUGUAUAAACCUCUAGGCCAUAGCGUAUAAAUAUUUUUGUAUCGUGUGCUUAGAUAAUUUAGAUUGCAUAAUAUAUUUGAAAGAAAAUGUAUAUUUAAUAUUGACACACUCUUACACAUAUUAUCUUGCCCCAAUACUAGGCAUAGUCUGUACUAUGGGUGCAAGACAACGAUAUGUAAAACAAUAUACUUACUUAAACAUACACACAUACAAAUAAACAUCCAUGACUCGGAAACAAACAUUCAUAUUCAUCAUAUAAAUGAUUCUACCAACCGGAAUUCCAACCCGGGACCUCUAGCUCAGUAGGAAGGGUCACUAACCACUGAGCUAUAGGUCGUCAAAUAUAUAAAAUACAUUUAUACAUUAAAAAAAACAUAAUUUAAUUUGUAUUAAUAUGCGAAUAGAAGGCUUUAUUAAAGUCUAUUACAAACUUGAUAUGCAGAGAUCUCUUUUGUGUGAAUUUUUGUAACGGAAAACAAUUAUACUAUUUAUUCAUUAUACACCUGGGAACUAUGACAGCCUUUAAAAAAAUCAACCAAGUUCAAAAUAAGUAAACCAAAAUAAUAGAUAUAAUAUGCACUAAAAAGUAUAAAAGUAAUUGCGUAUUUCUAUAAAAACUAGAAUUAUUACGAAUGUUGUUAUUUAUGGAAUCGGUGUCCUCCCGCCGCGGCUCCGCUCUCGCCUAUCACCUCGACCUCACCUCGCGCAUGCGACUCAAGCAAAUCUCACCUAUAACUAUGUAUGUAGGUAGAGACAAACCUACCUUGGCUGACAACUACCUCUUUGAUUUUAAGUGAAUCUGAAAUACACUUACUUACUAAUUUAUCUGAAUAUGCAUAGAUCUACAAAAUUUUGCAAAAAGGUAAAAGAGGAUAAAAGUAAAUUAAUUAAACAAUGCAAACAAGCUCGAAGUUAAAAUAUAAUUGAUUGGCUAUUAAUAACCAGGUAUUGAUCGGGAUCCUUUCGUUACAAUCAGUUGAGUCCCAAUCCCAUCCUCGAUGGCUCACAUUGAAAAAGAUAUAACAAG